AUUAGAACUAUGCACUCCCGCCUGGUCGCCAUCGUUCUAUCCCUUGCUCUUUCAAUCUUUGCGUUUCCACUCCCAAGAACUGAAAAUGGGUUGAGGGAUACUUUGUCGUUCAGUAGACGUCAUGUCGAGCCACUCAUCGGCCUCGUGGAGGACAAGAAGGCCAUUCGCGGUACCACCCAGCCAAUCGGCAUAGCAGAUACUGCUAUCUCAUUCGCCAAGCGAAUCAACCGUGGAGGACGUGGCCGCCGAGAUGCUGAACCCGAUAAUGUUUCGUUGGAUGCCCGUGUCAACCGUGGUGGUCGCGGCCGGCGAGAUGCGGAAGCCGAGAGCAGCGCCGAAGCGCUAUCACGACGCGUAAACCGAGGAGGCCGUGGCCGACGAGAUGCGGAUGCAAAGGUAGUUCUCGACACUCGUGUUAACCGUGGUGGUCGCGGUAAGCGGGACGCUGAGACUGCAGCUGAAGCCGAAUCGCUUGGUGAACGUAAUGAUCGCAAUGAUCGCGGCCAGUGAAGAACAAAAGCGGGGCUUCCCUUGCUCAAAUUCAUGGGACUAAGCGACAGUCAUUGGCGUCCUUCGUUAUUCUGAAGACGGUGUAGAGGAAAUGCUACUGUCGCCUUUACAGCGGCGUGAAGACGAAUAGUACGGAUAGGACCUUUCAUUCAGGAUAUGUGCCAUGUGCACACAAAAUUCUUUUGACACAGUACGUAGUUGAUAAUUCAUCGUCCAUCUGGUUCUUGAGGUUUCUUCAUAUCCAUCCCGGAGGGGGUUGGUUUCGCGGUAGUCGGGAGGUAAGCGGUGAGAAGACAUUUCCAGAAAUCCGCC